CGCCAGCAGAUCACAUUGUGAAUUCUCACAAAUCUAAAGGAGAAUUCUGACAUUUCAAUUUCUCUCCCUUCUCCUGUCUUUGCGUCUUCAACAAACGUCGUCGUUUCCUUGUUCCGCUCUGCUCACUUUUCACGGCUGCAACUGGACCAGAGACGAGACUGGGAUUUAGCUCAGCACCAAGCGCAAGUGCGAAAGGAUAAUUCAGUCAUUUUCACUGCUUUCUCUUAACCGUUCAUCGUUUAAAACGUCGCCGUCACAGUUCAAUGCCUGGCGAAGACAGAGCUAGCUAACUAGCCGGAGAGAGAAGCUACUGAGAAAAAUCUAGAGGGAGACUCAGAGAAUGAAACCCUAGAUUUUUUGAGUUUGUGAAGUGAAAUUCUGGGGAAAAAGGAAUAAAAAUGGCGGGGAGUUCACUCUCUGGAUUACAAGAUCACUUGAAAUUGGCUCGAGAAUAUGCUCUUGAAGGUCUCUAUGACACUUCUAUUAUCUUCUUCGAUGGCGCCAUUGCUCAGAUCAACAAGCACCUAAACACCCUUGAUGACCCUUUAAUUCGCACAAAAUGGAUGAAUGCCAAAAAAGCCAUUUCAGACGAGGCAGAAGUUGUAAAGCAACUAGAUGCUGAGAGAAGGGCAUUUAAGGAAACCCCCACAGGGCGACGUGCUGCAUCACCACCAAUUAAUGCUAAAUCGUCCUUUGUUUUUCAACCAUUAGAUGAGUACCCUACUUCCUCUGGUGCUCCCAUGGAUGAUCCUGAUGUGUGGAGGCCUCCAAGUCGGGACACUACGAACAGGAGAUCUACUAGGACUGGUCAAGUGGGUAUGAGGAAAUCACCUCAGGAAGGGAAUUGGGCUCGUGGUGGUCCAACUAGAACAGCUACAACUGGUCGUGCUCCAAAGGCCGGUGGUUCAAGCAGGGUGAACUCGGGUGUCAGAGCAUCAACUACUGGAAAAAAAGGCACUGGUGCUGGAAAAUCUGGCAAGGGAGAUUCACCUAAUGGUGAUUCUGAAGAUGGAAAGUCCAAGAAGGGACAGUACGAAGGACCUGAUCCAGACUUGGCUGCUAUGCUUGAAAGGGAUGUCUUGGAAACUACCCCUGGAGUUAGAUGGGAUGAUGUUGCCGGUCUUAGUGAAGCAAAACGACUUCUUGAAGAAGCUGUUGUCCUUCCUUUAUGGAUGCCUGAAUAUUUCCAGGGAAUUAGGAGACCUUGGAAAGGUGUUCUCAUGUUUGGCCCUCCAGGUACUGGUAAGACAUUGCUUGCUAAGGCUGUUGCUACUGAGUGCGGGACAACAUUUUUCAAUGUUUCAUCUGCUACAUUGGCUUCAAAAUGGCGUGGGGAGAGUGAGCGUAUGGUUCGCUGUUUGUUUGAUCUGGCACGAGCUUAUGCACCAAGUACAAUUUUCAUUGAUGAGAUUGAUUCUCUAUGCAAUGCCAGGGGGGCUUCAGGGGAACAUGAAUCGUCUAGAAGGGUUAAGUCUGAACUUCUGGUUCAGGUAGAUGGUGUAAACAAUACUUCCACAAAUGAAGAUGGCAGCCGAAAAAUAGUGAUGGUUUUGGCCGCUACUAACUUCCCUUGGGACAUAGAUGAAGCAUUGAGGAGGAGGCUGGAAAAGCGUAUUUAUAUUCCGCUUCCAAAUUUUGAGAGUCGUAAGGAGCUUAUUAGGAUCAAUUUGAAAACUGUCGAGGUUGCUCCUGAUGUAAAUAUAGAUGACGUGGCUCGUCGGACAGAAGGGUACAGUGGGGAUGAUCUUACAAAUGUUUGCCGCGAUGCUUCCUUAAAUGGCAUGAGGCGCAAAAUAGCUGGAAAGACGCGUGAUGAGAUUAAAAACAUGUCUAAAGAUGAGAUUUCAAAGGAUCCUGUUGCAAUGUGUGAUUUUGAAGAAGCCUUGCAGAAGGUCCAGCGAAGUGUUUCUCAAGCUGACAUUGAGAAGCAUGAGAAGUGGUUUUCAGAAUUUGGAUCAGCAUGAGUAGGUACAUACAUGACCAAUGUUGAAAAGAAGACCUGCUGUUCUGGAUGAUUUCCCUCCUCUAAAUUCAUGAAAAAGGAUGCUCUGAUUGUAGUUCAGCAAUGAUUUGGUUGAUUGUGAUCCAGUUCUUGGAAAGGGUUUACGUAUUUUGUUAAUUUUUGUUCCUGUAGCCUCUCUUAUGCAAUGUAAUUCCAUUUUCUUUUUCUUGAAAAAAAAAAAAAAAAAAAAGAGAACUUGCGUUUGUUGUGAGACUACUACUUUAUGUGAGAUGAAUCAUUUUCUAGAAGCUCUUAUUUUUC